GACGCUACAACCACGACAGCCAGCUUGUCCCUGUACUCGUUGUUCAUAGCUCGUUCUUGACAACGGAAUGCAAACUCACUGUGAUGCACCUCGGUUGGACGAGGACGUGUGGUUCAUGAUCGUGUCUCUCGUCUCUCCCAACACAGCGCGGAAUCUUUCGCUCGUCUCCCGACAUAUCCACCUCGUGGCUAGGCGUGCAGUCCUCUCGCGCGCGGAGCCAUCUCAACCAGGUCAAUUGGUGAAGAUAUGCUCGUACAUGCUCGACAACCCUUGUCAUCGCGCCUGCUGGCUGCGUGAACUGCGCAUACACAAGUUCGCCCUGCGGCUCCCUUAUGCCGAUUCCCGCGAGAUGGGGCGUGCGCGUAGGUCGCUCAUCGUCCAGCUGGCAAGUCUCCUUACUGCAGCGCAAGACCUCCGCGUCCUAGUCUUCCCUUUGCUGGAAUUGAUGCUCGAACUGGAACCACGUCUCGGCGACGCUCUCAUCACAUUGGAGCGCCUCCACUCCGUCGCCCUCGAAGACGUCGCGUCUUGUGCUAUGGAAGUGGCGAGCAGGAUGAAGAGUUAUCCGUCAGAAGUUACCUUCGCGUUCGCAUCAGAAAUCUCAGUCCCGCAGAACUUUGUCACUUUGAGUCGUCUUCCCUUGCUCCGGAACGCGCAUGCGGUGGUCCUUGACUCAGUCUGCCUCCCGGUCAAGGGUCCCCCGGGCUCCCAGCUUCAGCUCGGUGACCUCGGCCAACAUCCUACUGUGCGCGAGGUCCGCCUCUACCGUUGCGGCGCGCUUCCGAUACCGCACCUCUUUCCUAACAUCGAGACACUCCACUUUCACGACCAACACUAUUCUAGCGAUUUCACUCCGCAGAGGUGGACGUGGCCGGCGUCCAAGCCUCUAGUCCAUCUUACAGCUUCGCUCGAUCAGCUCCAAUGCUUUACAAGCGUGCCAGUCCGUCGUCUGUACCUUCACUGGCAAUACGCACCCAAUGUGGAUGGCUUAUUGAGUGCUCUCCUGUCCAUUCGGCCCAUUCUCUUGUCCUUUCAGCUGGACGGUCAAGAGAGCCUCUGGGCCGCUCUACUCCGAGAGAUGCUUGGCCCGGCAGGGCGUCUGCGGCAUCUGGAAAUCACUGCUCAGUGCAGCACUACUAGAAGGGGAUGUUUAAUAACUCCGCUUAUGGAUUGGCUCCUGCCGGUGAUUGCAAAGUCUAGCCUCGUCUGCGUGAGGCUCGGCUUCUACGAUAGCGAUGCUAUGUCAAUGUACCAACAACCAGAACAACGGCACAAAUUGAAAACGAGCACACCGGCACUUAAUAUCGCCCAGCAGGUCGCAGCUCGUGUUCCGUCGCUCAAAUACAUCUGUGUCGCCAUGGAGGCGCGCUCGUACGAUUCGCGUCAGUACCAUAGACGGGUCCUCGAGGGAUGUACGUGGUGGCGGGUGCACGGCAACGCGGCGGGCCGGCGAAGCGUGCAGAAUAUAUCAAACGAGGCGGGUGAGCGGGUGGAGGACUACAUGGGCUCUGCGGACUUCGAGCGGAAGUUGUCAUUGGACGGCUUCGUUCUCACCGGUUCGUAGA